AUGCUGGCUGUAUUUUUCUGUCUGCUUCUCUAUGUCUCUACUUUUUCUACCGUCCAAUGCAUAGAGACCGAAUCCCCUCAAUCCGACGCUGUGCCUGAGCAACUCGACCUGUCCAUCGUCGUGCUGCUCGUCGGGAUGUUCGCCGGCUGCCUCGUCAUGGUCACGCUGCUUAUCGUUUGUUGGAUGAAACUGCCGAUGAAGGACGAAUUCGAGCCGGCAUCGGAGAUGACGCCCAGCCCAUCGGAGAAGCGGAAGGAGAGGCUGGAUUUCGAC